AUGGAUGACGGAAGCGCGGAGACUGAAGCGCUCAUCGGGAGCUCGAGUGAAGAUGUUCGGUCUCACCUGGACGGAAGAAACGCUCCUGCCGAGUUCAAAGUUUACAAAAGAAGAUGGUUCAUCUUAUUUGUUCUCUGCCUGCUUAAUUGUUCUAACGCAAUGUCGUGGCUGACCUUUGCACCCGUGGCCGACCAGACAGCACAGUAUCUGCGAAUCUCUCUCAACCUGGUCAACUGGCUGUCGCUAGUCUAUGUUGUGGUUGCCAUUUUUUUCAGUUUCAUCACAACAUGGGUACUGGACACACUGGGACUGCGCUUCUCGCUAAUCAUGGGCUCCUGGCUCAACAUGUUGGGCAGUGUCCUGCGUUUCGUUGGCGUGCUGAAAUGCAUCCCAGAGUGGGCCGUGUUCCCUAUGGUCAUGGGCGGCCAGACGCUGUGUGCCUUCGCCCAGCCGUUGAUCAUCUUUGCCCCCACCAAGCUGGCAGCUCUCUGGUUCCCCGAUCACCAGAGGGCCACAGCUAACAUGAUGGCUUCCAUGGCAAAUACUGUUGGGCUGCUCUUUGCGAAUAUCUUCUCUCCCAUGAUAAUUAGUUACACCAAUAAUCUUCUUAUGCUGCUCUUUAUAUAUGCUAUACCUGCCGCCGUAGCCUGUUUCCUAGCAACAGUGGGGAUCCGUGAACGCGUUCCCCCAACACCCCCCUCCGCCAGCGUGGUGACCUCCAGCUCUGAACCUUUUCUACAGGGGGUGAAACUGCUACUGACGAACAAAGCAUAUAUGGUCCUGCUGGUGUGUUUUGGUUCAGGAAUAGGAAUAUUCACUUGCUUUUCCACCUUUCUGGAGCAGAUACUUUGUGUUAAGGGCUACUCAAAUGACUUUGCAGGACUGUGCGGUGCAGUUUCCAUUGUUUUCGGUGUUCUGGGCGCCUUUCUCCUGGGCCUGUACGUGGACAAGACCAAGAAUUUUACAGAAGUCACUAAAAUAAACAUGUGUUUGACAUCUCUGGGCUGCUCUGUUUUUGCAGUGGUGUCCCAGUUAAGUGAGCAGAAGUUGAUCAUUGGUGCAGUAUGUGCGUGGUUCGGUUUGUUCGGGUAUUCUGUAUAUCCCAUCGCCAUGGAGCUCGGAGUUGAAUGCUCAUACCCUGUGGGUGAAGCAACAUCCUCUGGAUUGAUCUUCGUAUCUGGACAAAUUCAGGCCGCCCUCUAUAUGCUGCUGCUUCAAGCUCUGGCCAAACCAAUUGCAGAUUCUUCAUUAUCCGUAUGUGCAACUGGAGCGGAUGCCAAUUUGAGCUGGACAGUGCCAGUGCUGGUGAUGGCAGGCCUGUGUGCUCUGGGCACCUGCUGCUUUGUUGUCUUUUUCCACACGGAUUACCGGAGACUCCGUGCGGAAGCCACAGCCUCACCAAAGACAGUGACAGACCAGUCAACAGGAGGAGACACCUGGGCAAACAGCACUGAUGCAUAAAGAGAUAGGCAGAGAAACCACAGAUGACCGUGUUUACGCACACUUUAAAAAGACUUUUACCUCAAUAACACUGAAAAUCUGUGCCUUAAAAAUGCUAGUUUGUUUUACUCAAGAAGUGGUACCACCUCAAGUGCCAUUAAUGUUACAUAAAACCUUAGACGCACAAAAAACAUUUCUGUUUCCAUUAAAGAAAC